AGUUCCAACGCACUCGUGGCGCCACUUGAUUGUCCAAGAUAGAUUUUAGAUAUUGUAAGAAGGCGAUGUUAUUAACGAUAAAUUCCAAUAAAUCUCUAUAGGGUUUAAAAAAAAAAUGAAUUCACUGCGACAGAAACGUUCAGAUUUGGUGGUAGCGUAGCUAGGUAUAUUUAAACAAAUCGUUCUUACAAGGAAAAAACUUUAACAGAACUAUUACCUCACAAGCUACGUUCCAUUUUAGAUUUUCAAUUUACACUUUAAUUAACAAAGACGUCUGUUGUUUUCCCUGAGAAUAUACACUCUUUAAAUAUUGAAUUAUUUGUUUCCAUAGUAACACUGAUUAAACAAGACAAAUAUUGCUAGUGGAAAUUAUCAAUGGCGUUUGAAAUUAGUUAUUCUAGUUUAAAAAUUGCUCAUCAAGUACGGGAAAGUGAGGAAAAGAAAGCUUUAGAAAAGAAAAGACAGCUGCUAUAUCUUGUUCUGCAAUACCUCAAGGAUGAAGGGUACCUUGACACUGCCCAGAGCUUUAGCAAUGAAGCACACCUUACAAACCAGUACCAGGUGUGUGAUAAUAUUGAUUUGGGGACCAUAGUUCAGGAUUUUGAAACUUAUUAUUAUGUACGUUUCCAAAAGUAUCCCAAAAUAUGUAAGAAAGUAACUGUUGAAGAAAACAGAAGGAAUAUACUAAAGAAGAUGCCCAAUCUAGAGAAUGAAAUUCAAGAUACUACAAAACCCCGUACAACCAAUCUUCAAAAUGAAAACCAGAGAGAAAAUAAAUUACAUGUUCCAAAGUCUUCUGGGAAAGCUUCAAGUAUUAGUGUACAGAAAACUUUCAAGAGUAACAAUUCUUUAUCAGACUUGAAUCUAAUGGUAUUGCCUUUAACACCUGAAGGAUUCACAAAUAUACAGGUUAAUAGCGCACAAAAUAAUGUACAGAGUAAAAGUUCUGAAAAACUACUGAAGCCCCUGUCAGGAUGUGUUACAUAUAGCACUGAAUGGAAAGAAUUUGCUGAAGUAAUUUCAAAGGAAAUAUGUGCAACAGAUCUCAAUGUGCACUGGAAGGAUAUCAUGGGACUGGAAGAAGCUAAACGCCUACUCAAAGAAGCUGUGGUCUACCCAACUAAAUAUCCUGAGUUAUUCUCUGGUGUCCUAGCACCAUGGAAAGGUCUCCUUCUGUAUGGACCACCUGGCACUGGUAAAACACUGUUGGCUAAAGCUGUUGCCACUGAAUGCAAGACAACAUUUUUCAACAUAUCAGCAAGUUCUAUCAUAAGCAAGUGGAGAGGGGAUUCAGAGAAACUAGUGAGAGUGAUGUUUGAACUGGCCAGAUAUCAUGCUCCAUCCACAAUAUUUUUGGAUGAACUGGAUGCUCUUGCAUCUCACCGAGAUGCCUCAGGUGAACAUGAGGGGUCCAGACGCCUCAAGGCUGAACUCCUGAUUCAACUUGAUGGGUUAGCACAUAGUUCAGACAGAGUUUUCCUACUAGCUACAUCCAACCUGCCAUGGGAACUGGAUGCAGCAAUCUUACGACGCUUUGAGAAGAGAAUUCUAGUAGAUUUACCAAACACAGAAGCCCGUCAAUCAAUGUUUCAACACUACUUGCCGCCUGUAGUUAUACAAAUGCCAACGCUGUUGUGUGAACUGAACUAUGGGUUGCUGGCACAUGCAUCAGCUGGCUAUUCAGGUUCAGAUAUCAGGUUGGUUUGUAAGGAAGCAGCCAUGAAUGCAAUGCGGGAAGCUUUCUCUGUUCUCGAAACAUGCCAAAAUGAUGAAAAUCUGCCAAAUUUGAAGCUGAAAAUCAUUACUACUGAAGAUCUACAAAAUGCUCUGAAAAGCACAAAACCCUCGGCUCUCCAUCUUGCAGCACGUUACCAGAAGUGGCAAUGUGCAUUUGGCUCCACUUAAAAUAUUUCAAUCAAAUGUGAUUUUGUCCUGUGUGAAGUUGGUACUCAUAUUUAUCUAUUUUGAUAAUAUUCACCCAAAAAAUGAAGGGAUGACUAAUGAAUGACAGUAUUCAUUCUAGAUACAUACUAUGAAACUGCAAAUUAAACCAGUUUAACACUUGUGUUAUACAACAAGUUGCUACUAUUGUACUACAUUUUAAUAUUAGUAAUAAAAAUUUUGUAUACAUAAGUAUGAUUAUGGUUAUCCAAAGGACUGACAAAUUUAUAUCAUAAUAAAUGUUUUGUCAAUG